UUAAAUUGUCGGGUUACCCUAUUGACAACAUGGGUUAUCCGGGUUAUAAAUACGAUCUUCUAAUAGAUUUACGCAUUAACUUCUUCCAGAGAUUCUCAAAUUGCAGAAAAAGAAACCCUAAAACCCUCUUCUUCCGCAGAUUCUCAAAUCGUAUCGUCUUCGGCUUCUCUUCUCGCGUUGGUGGCUACGGUCUACUCCAUUCGAGUCAACCAAUUCUCAAAUUCUUUCAGUUUCUCGCUUAAUCUCAGAGCGAGGAAAAAACCCUAAAGGCGUCUUCUUUCGGAGAUUCUGAAACAUGCCUUCUUUGUCACGCGUUGGUUCUGAAUCAUCCAUGUCUUCCUCUUCCCGCACUGGUGCGCUACGGUUCACUAUUCAGCAAAACCUGAUUGAGGAUAAUGUGAGGGCAGGUGCAUAUUACGCUACUGUCAUGAAAAAUAAACUGGACUUUGCUGGUUGUGUUGUUCUCCAUGUGGGGGCUGGAAGUGGCGUUCUAGCAUUGUGUGCUGCCCAGGCUGGUGCCAAACAUAUCUACCUUGUCGAAGCUUCUGAAUAUGCGCUUAAGUUGAUCGAUGAAAAUCCAACUUUCUCUGAACUGAUCACUGUCAUCAAAGGCAACGUUGAGGAUGUUCAAUUACCUGAGAAAGCCGAUGUUCUCAUCUCUGAACCAUUGGGGAUGUGUUUCACACAUGGCUUCAACGAGAGAGGGCUGAAAUCUUAUGUGAUUGCCAGGGAUCGCUUCAUCUCCCCUAAUGGCAAAAUGUUUCCGUCUGCGGGAAGGAUUCACAUAGCUCCUUUUUGCGAUGAAUUCUUAUUCACUGAAAUGGCAAAUAAACCUGUGGUGGAUGCGUUUGAUGAGAGCGUAUUGGUGGCUCAUCCAAUGAUCCACACUCUUGAUUUUACUCAAAAGAAGGAGGGAGAUUUUUACGUGAUGGAUGUUCCCUUAUUGUUCAUUUCCUCAACUUCCACCAUGGUGCAUGGCCUUGCUCUGUGGUUUGAAGUUCUUUUGGACGGGAGCGUGGAUAAAAGAUGGAUCAAAACUUCUCCCAGGGCACCAACAACGGAUUGUUUCCGUAUUAGAUGUGUUUUCCCCCACGCUAUUGACGUUGUGAUUGGUCAAACCAUAACUGGCAAAGCUCGUUUUGAGGCCCUUUCCGAUCAUAGCUACACCACAGAUAUAACGUUGACAGCUGAAAUGUUUGGUAGAGGUGGAUGUAAGAUAGGAUUUCAGACAAACAAAUCACGUUUCGAACUUGGUGAAGCACAAAAAGUAACACCGUUACCUCCGAAGGAUGAGACCAUAGAAGAUUGGUACUCCCAGUUUCAGUAUGGUCCCAUAGACAACUUUCAUGGUUUUUUCUUGCCGUGGGAUAUGCUAGAGAAAUUUCUCUCUGCACAAGAUGCAAAGUCGUCAGAGGUGGUGGGGAUUUUAGUUGGAACUGAGAAAAACAAGGUGACCCACAUUCUGUUACCACCGCAGUGGAGCAGACAAGGAGAGCUACACAUUUCAGACAUUCCCCUAGAGAACAUGCAUCUCCAAGGCACUACCUUAAUUGGAUUCGUGCGCACUGAGGAGUCCUGCGAGAUCGCGCUACCAACAGCUGCUGACGUUAGAUUCCUGUCAAAACACUUUGGUAAGGAAGCUAUUGUUGGUAUUUGCUCCGCAACAUCUACCAUGGCUUUCUACAAACUCACGGAGGGAUUUCUGGAAACAAGCUGGAAGUUGGAUGAAAACACAUCUGUCCUAUUCCUGGUUCCUCGUGGUGGUAUUUGGAACUACAACACUUGUGUCAACAACCGCAGGAAGGACAUGCCGUAUAGGCUGGAGGUGUCGCGUCUUCCUAACGCAUACUUGGGGUGUUAAAACAAUGAGAUUUUGUGUACAUAUGGAAACAAGAAUAUAUGUGGAUAGCUAGGUCUGUUAGUUUCUUACGGGAUUCUGGUUUUGAAAACCUUUUGCAUCAAAUACACAUUUGAUUGGCGUUUUUGUACAACAACUAUUAUAAACUGGAGCCAUUAUCUCAAUAAAGUUGUUUGUAUUGAAACA